CACGUCAUAGUCUCCGUUCACAAACGGAACAGAACCCGGAAGUAAACGUCCAUGGACGGAUAAAAUGUUAGCAGGAAGCGAUAAAUUCAUAUUUAUCUUCUCCUGAAUAGUUAUGGGGCAGUUAAAUGCAAUAGUUUGCAGACAGCACGAUUUGGCAGAGAGGAAAUCCGUGACUAUUGAGUGUCAAAUAAAUGGUCAAAGCUGCCCUUCAUCUAGGAAGACCAUGAGACCCUGAGGAAGAGGACUGUAUGCAGAAAUAAGCAGAGGGUGAAGUCUCCCUUAAUACGACACACACACACGCGCGCGUGUACGCCCCAUCGCCGUGUCGCCAUGCUGGCGGUGGCGUACGUGACGUUGGCGGUCCUGGCGCUUCUGUGCGGUGGGUUGGAGCUGGCGGCCCGUCGGGCCUCACCGCCGCCGCAGCCCGGGCUGACGGGCGCGGCCAACCCGGCCUUCCGCGGCUUCCAGGCGCUGUUCCUGCGCGGCUACCUGCUGGCUCUGUGGGCCGACUGGCUCCAGGGGCCCUACCUGUACAAGCUGUACCGCCACUACAGCUUCCUGGAGUCCCAGAUCGCCAUCCUGUACGUGUGCGGCCUGGCCUCCUGCCUGCUCUUCGCCCCGGUCGCCGCCUGGCUCCCACAGGCCCUGGGCCGGAGGAACACCUGCCUGCUCUUCUGCCUGGCCUACUCGGCCUGCUGCCUCACCAAGCUGUCGCGCGACUACUUCGUCCUGGUCCUGGGCCGUGUGCUGGGCGGCCUGUCCACCUCCCUGCUGACCACCGCCUUCGAGGCCUGGUACCUGCACCGCCACCUGGACGUGCGCGACUUCCCGCGCGAGUGGAUACCCGGCACCUUCGCCCGGGCGGCCGGGUGGAACCACGGGCUGGCGGUGGGGGCGGGGCUUGUGGCCAACCUGCUGGCGGAGUGGGUGGGGCUGGGGCCGGUGGCUCCGUUCCUGUUGGCCGUCCCCUGCCUGGCGGCCUGCGGCUGGGUGGUGCUGUGGGACUGGGGGCGGGAGGAGGCGGAGGGAGGGGCGGGGGCGGAGCAGAGCGGGCCCCUGCUGGGCGCGGCGGCUGCGGCGGCGGCCAUGCCGCCGGGCCCCCGGCUGUCCGCGCGGGCCCGGUUCUGGCGCGCCUGCCUGGAGGGCCUGCGCUGCCUGCUGUCGGACCGCCGCGUCGUCCUCCUGGGCGCCGUCCAGGCGCUCUUCGAGAGCGUCCUCUACAUCUUCGUCUUCCUCUGGACGCCGGUGCUGGACCCCCACGGCCCGCCGCUCGGCAUCGUCUUCUCCUGCCUGAUGGCCGCCAGCAUGGCCGGCUCCGCCCUCUACCGCCUGGCCACCUCCUCCGCCCGCUGCCGGCUGCAGCCCGCCCACCUGCUGUGCGCGGCCGUGCUGCUGGCGGCGCUCUCCUUCGCCGUGCUGACGGUUUCCACGGCGCCCGGGCAGCCCCGCCCGCUCCGGUCCUUCCUGGCCUUCCUGCUGCUGGAGCUGGGCUGCGGCCUGUACUUCCCCGCCGUGGGCUUCCUGCAGGGCCGGGUGAUCCCCGAGGACCGGCGGGCCGGCGUGCUGGCCUGGUUCCGCCUGCCGCUCCACCUGCUGGCCUGCCUGGGCCUGCUGGCGCUGCACGGCGAGGUGUCGGGCAGCGGGGCGGGCGAGGCGGGGGCCGGGACCCGCCACAUGUUCGGCGGGUGCGCGGGGAUGAUGGUCGCCGCCCUGCUGGCCGCCGUCGGCCUGCUCGCGCUCGCCCGCCACGACGCCGAGCUCCGCCUGGAGGGGACGCGCGGGGAGGGGGACAUGUGACCGCGGGGGAACCUCGGAAACGCCAGGCUGACUACGGUCGGGGUUCCGCUUUUGAGGGAGCACAGGAACGCGCUUUUUUGCGUUCACAUAGAGAACGCACCGGCAGAUUCAAACAAUAAAGGACCUUUUCACAGGCUGGGAAGUUCUUUCUCUGCUGUUUUAUUAUUCGUUGGUGUCUGAAGCAGGAAUGUGGAUGUUCAGUCUUUUAUGUUUUACCGCCGUUGAGAUUGAGCUUCCCUGUCCUCAGCAGGGUCACCCUUUAGAAGGGAAAACAUGUGCCAUUAUUAGGCUAAUGCUCCUGUUAGUUAAGAGGGUCCAAGCUGGGGUGGGGGGGGGGGGGGGGUUUGCAAGAGGAUCAUCUGUGCGCCCGUGCUACUUCAGACUAUAACAUGGUAACCACAGUGUGGCGCCAGUGAGUCAGUCAGUGCAGUCUUUUUCCAGUGUGUCCUACCCAGGCACUCUGGAAUGAAGGUGUCUGCUCCGGUCGGUGGAAGAGUGAGAGUUGCUUCACUGGAAUGCAGUUGACACUGAGGGAACGCCCAAGGCAAACAGCGCUGUACUCCACUCAGGGCCCUACCCACUGCAGCGGCAGCCGUUUGAGUAUAGCUGUCCAGCGCCUGUGAGGGUGGAGCUGAGGGACUUUAUGGAUAUCCAGACUGAGAGCAUGCUGUAGGCCAAACGUGUCCUCUUCGGAGGGCAUAACAUGAUCUGUUUAAGUAUGUCUGUAUAGGUACAUUAAAUUAGCUGUUUUAGAGUACCUGCAUAGGUGUGCUAAAUGAUCUGUUUAUGAGUACCUGUACAGGUACAUUCAAUUAUAUGCAUUGAAGUACCUGUGCAGGUAUGUUAAAGGUGCAUUAAAUGAUCUGCUUUAGUAUAACUGUCCAGGUGUACAUGAAUGGGUCACUCCUAUGUCCCCCAUAAUUAAAAAAUAGGUUCCGUUUUGUGAGGAGAGAAUGGGGCUUCGUUUACCCACUUUGAGCCAAUGAAUGUGUUUUUGUGGCGGAUUGGAUUGGCUGCUUUGCGUGGCUGAAUGGCAAUAAAUUGAGGAAUAAACUUCUUCAUGAAGCCUGACUCCCAUCACCAGUCUGGUCACUGUCUGUUCCUUUGUUGCUAGGCUGAAUAGUGGGGAUGAAUGAAUAAUGAAUUUGAGUGUAAAGAUGGAUGCAAAUCUAUCCAUAUUUAGAAUAAAUGAGCAACUUGGUUUAAUAAA